CUGGGCAUCUAUCUGUCUGAAGCCACAUGUUUUACGUUCUGUAUAUUUAAAGAAAUGGACGCAUAAAGUUAAACAUACAAAUAUAUUAAUUUGUGACGUUUUAUUGUAUAUAUUGUUGACUGUUGUACGUACGAUUAGUUUGAGUAUAACAAAUCAAGAUGCCAAAGGGAAAAACGAAAAGAUUUAUUGACAAGAAGAAUUCUGUCACGUUCCAUCUGGUUCAUCGCUCGCAGAAAGAUCCGUUGGUAGCAGAUGAAACAGCACCACAAAGAGUUCUGGUGCCAGCAGCGGAUACACAAGCAGCGAAAGCAGAUAAGAAGAUCCUUAGUUGCGAAGACAAGGAAAAACGUAAAGCGGAACAGCAAAAAUAUGGAAUUUACUACGAUGACGACUACAAUUAUUUACAGCAUCUCAGAGACGUCAAAACAUUGUCAGUGGAAUGGGAACGUAUCGAGAAUACAAAUAAUUCCAAAUGCGACAAGGAUACUCCAAAGAUUAAUCUGCCAUCCUCUGUGUUUGCGUCGAACGUUGAGGAGAAAGUUGGUAUGCUCAAUAAAGCUGCGCCAGUUUCUGGACCGCGAUUAGAUCUUGACCCAGAUGUAGUUGCUGCAAUGGAUGAUGAUUUUGAUUACGAUGAUCCUGAAAAUCAACUGGAGGACAAUUUCAUAGAAUUGGCUAAUGCUGGAAGUAGCGACAAUGAGGACAAUGAGGAUUCUGACAGAGAAUAUGAAUAUGAAUUAAAUGAAUCAGGAAAUGAAUCCGAUAGUGAAUCCAAUGAAUCCGAUGUAUCAUAUAAUGGUCACAUGGAUUUAUCCGAUGAGGAUGCAGAUGAAGUACACAGUUUAAAUGGACCCCAAUAUACCUUCAAAGAUGAGGAAACAAAAUCGAGGUUUACCGAGUAUUCUAUGAGUAGUAGCGUGAUGAGAAGGAAUGAACAACUUACAUUGCUAGAUAACAAAUUCGAGAAGAUGUAUGCUGCAUACGAUGAAAAUGAAAUUGGUGCUUUAGAUUGCGAUGAAAUAGAAGGAUAUGUCGCACAUGAUUCGGAUCUUAUUAUGCAAUAUGCCGCAGAAUUUGAAAAGAAGCAAAAGGAAGACACGGAAAAUAUCGCAGAGCUUAUGAAAGACAGGAUGAAGAUUAUAGAAAAAGAAUGCUCGAGUUCAGAAGACGAAGAUUUAGAAAAACUUUUUGUUGAUCCUCGAGGAAAGGAUAGAUGGGACUGCGAAAGUAUUCUUAGCACAUACAGCAACAUUUACAAUCAUCCUAAAUUAAUUUCUGAACCUCCUAAGCGGUCGAAGAAGAUUGAAAUUGAUAAAAAAUCUGGUAUUCCAAAAAAUGUAUUAGGCACUACUGGAAAAUUAACAGCUGAAACAUUGGCUCAAUUUGAUUUUGAAAAUAACGCACCAAAGGGUCCACAAUCCGUAGCAGAAAGUAGAAAAUCUACUUUAAGUAUUCUAAGUAUAAGACCUAAAGGGGAAACUACUGACGAGAAAAGAGAAAGGAAAAAACUACUCAAAGAGUAUAGAAAAGAAAGAAGGAUAGAGCGGAAGGCUAAUACCGAAGCGUUUAAGGAGGAAAAAAAACGACAAGAGAAGAUUCGGUUGAACAACAGGCAAAACAUUCAAGGAACUCAUAUAGUAUAAAAUUUUCAGUCAAAAUAAUAUACAACUAUGACCGUGUCCUUGCAAGAAGAUUUAACAAUUUCCAUUUUAAAUAUAAAAAGUAUGCAUCGUUGUACAUUAAAGAUCAAGUUAAAUGUAUCUAUAAAUAUUUUAAUUAAGGAAUCCUAAUUUUCUGUACGUUAGAAAUAUAUAUGUAUGAUGUGGAAAACAU